UUUUUUUUUUUCCUUUUAAAAAAAAAUUUUUUUUAAAAAAAUAAAGAAAAAUGUCUUUUUACAAAAUUUCAAGAACUUUGUUAUCCAAUUCCCGAAUUAUUUCAUUUUCAAAGACUGCUCAUUUUAAGUUCUUACAACAACAACACGCAUCUUUUCAUAACACUCCACAACGUUAUUCACAUGAUCCAUUCCUAUUUCGAUAUUCAGGCCCUUAUUGCGAAGCACAUUCAACUUCACAACCUGCUCACAUACAAAAAGCUCAUGAUAGAACUGUUAAAGAACUUAAAGGUGAAACAGAAACGUUAGAAAUGUUAGCAACACCAAUACAAGGAUCUUUAUUGACCUUUUUAAGUAAAGCAAUGAACGCGAAAAAAAUACUAGAGAUAGGUUGUUUUACAGGUUAUUCAGCAAUCUGUUUUGCCGAAGGUAUUAAAGAAAAUGGACCAGAUGCUAAAAUUAUAACUUGUGAGAAUGAUCAUAAGUAUGCAAAUAUUGCUUUGCAGAAUGUGAAAGAAGCCGGUAUGGAUAAUUUAAUCGAGAUUAAGGUUGGCGAUGGUCUGGAAAUAUUACGAAAUUUUGAUAAGUCUACUGUUUUUGACCUAAUCUAUCUUGAUGCGGAUAAAGCAGGAUACCUAAAUUAUUAUGAAACAAUUCUCGAACGUAAUCUUCUUGCUAAAAAUGGAUUGAUUUUAGCUGAUAAUGUUCUUUUUCGUGGAUUUGUGCAAAGAAUACCUAAUUAUGACCCAAACGCACCAGAAACAAGUGAAAAUUAUAUACCAAAAAAUUUUUACAAGCGUAUUGUUAAGCCGUUGUAUCAAUUUAAUGAACACGUUAAUAAAGAUCCAAGAACUACGCAAGUAGUAUUGCCUGCAUUUGAUGGAUUAACGCUAAUUCGCAAGAAUUAAGGAUGAUUUUCUUGAGGGGAAUAAUCAUUAUUAAUUAUACAUAAAAUUCGAAAUUAUAACAACUAAAUUGGAUUAGAUUUUCAUGAUCAAUUGUAAAUCAUUUCCUAUUAUUCCUCUGUUAUUUGUCGUACUAUUCGUUAUAAAAGUUAAUUCGCAAUUUAUUUUUCUAAAUUUAUUUUUAAGUAACAUUUAUUUAUAUUAUUUUUAAAAUUGUAUUA